AUGGGAGACGAAGAGGAGGACGAGGGCUGUGCAGUGGAGCUGCGGAUCACAGAAGCCAACCUGACCGGGCAUGAGGAGAAGGUGAGCGUGGACAACUUCGAGCUGCUCAAGGUGCUGGGCACGGGAGCCUACGGGAAGGUGUUCCUGGUGCGGAAGGCGGGCGGGCACGACGCGGGGAAGCUGUAUGCCAUGAAAGUGCUGCGCAAGGCGGCGCUGGUGCAGCGCGCCAAGACACAGGAGCACACGCGCACCGAGCGCUCCGUGCUGGAGUUGGUGCGCCAGGCGCCCUUCCUGGUCACGCUACACUAUGCCUUCCAGACUGACGCCAAGCUGCACCUCAUCCUGGAUUAUGUGAGCGGCGGGGAGAUGUUCACCCACCUUUAUCAACGCCAGCACUUCAAGGAGGCUGAGGUGCGCGUGUACGGGGGCGAGAUUGUGUUGGCCCUAGAACAUCUGCACAAGCUGGGCAUUAUUUACCGAGACCUGAAGCUGGAGAAUGUUUUGCUGGACUCUGAAGGCCACGUUGUCCUCACAGACUUUGGGCUGAGCAAGGAGUUCCUGACGGAAGAGAAAGAGCGGACCUUCUCCUUCUGUGGCACUAUCGAAUACAUGGCCCCCGAGAUCAUCCGCGGCAAGUCGGGCCACGGCAAGGCCGUGGACUGGUGGAGCCUGGGUAUCCUGCUGUUUGAGCUGCUGACGGGGGCCUCACCCUUCACGCUGGAGGGUGAGAGGAACACGCAGGCUGAGGUGUCCCGACGGAUCCUGAGGCGCUCCCCCCCCUUCCCUCCCCGGAUUGGGCCUGUGGCACAGGACCUGCUGCGGCGGCUGCUUUGCAAGGACCCCAAGAAGCGGCUGGGCGCAGGGCCUCAGGGGGCGCAGGAAGUUAAGAGCCACCCCUUCUUCCAGGGCCUGGAUUGGGCUGCUCUGGCUGCCAGGAAGAUUCCGGCCCCAUUCCAGCCCCAGAUCCGCUCCGAGCUGGAUGUGGGCAACUUUGCGGAGGAAUUCACCCGGCUGGAGCCUGUCUACUCGCCCUCUGGCAGCCCCCCACCUGGGGACCCUCGCGUCUUCCAGGGAUACUCCUUCGUGGCCCCAUCCAUCCUGUUUGACUGCAACAACGCUGUGAUGACUGAUGUGUUGGAAGCACCAGGUGCUGGAGACCGGCCAGGCCGUGCCGCCGUUGCCAGGAGCGCCAUGAUGCAGGACUCGCCCUUCUUCCAGCAGUACGAGCUGGACCUGCGGGAGCCCGCGCUGGGCCAGGGUAGCUUCUCCGUGUGCCGCCGUUGUCGCCAACGCCAGAGCGGCCAGGAGCUGGAGGCAAACACGCAGCGCGAAGUGACCGCCUUGCGGCUGUGCCAGUCACACCCCAAUGUGGUGAAGCUGCACGAGGUGCAUCAGGACCAGCUGCACACGUACCUGGUCCUGGAGCUGCUGCGGGGCGGGGAGUUGCUGGAGCACAUCCGUAAGAAGCGGCACUUCAGCGAAUCGGAGGCGAGCCAGAUCCUGCGCAGCCUCGUGUCGGCCGUGAGCUUCAUGCACGAGGAGGCGGGCGUGGUGCACCGAGACCUCAAGCCGGAGAACAUCCUAUACGCCGACGAGACGUUGGAGGCCCCGGUGAAGAUCAUUGACUUCGGCUUCGCGCGGCUUCGGCCGCAGAGCCCCACGGGGCCCAUGCAAACGCCCUGCUUCACGCUGCAGUACGCGGCCCCCGAGCUGCUGGCGCAGCAGGGCUAUGAUGAGUCCUGCGACCUCUGGAGCCUCGGGGUCAUUCUGUAUAUGAUGCUGUCGGGGCAGGUCCCCUUCCAGGGGGCCUCAGGCCAGGGCGGGCAGAGCCAGGCGGCAGAGAUCAUGUGCAAGAUUCGCGAGGGCCGCUUCUCCCUGGACGGGGAGGCCUGGCAGGGCGUGUCCGAGGAAGCCAAGGAGCUGGUUCGAGGGCUUCUGACCGUGGACCCCGCCAAGCGGCUGAAGCUCCAGGGGCUACGGACCAGCUCGUGGCUGCAGGACGGCAGCGCGCGCUCCUCGCCCCCACUGCGGACCCCCGACGUGCUCGAGUCCUCUGGGCCGGCCGUGCGCUCCGGCCUUAACGCCACCUUCCUGGCGUUCAACCGCGGCAAGCGCGAGGGCUUCUUCCUGAAGAGCGUGGAGAACGCGCCCCUGGCCAAGCGGCGCAAGCAGAAGUUGCGCAGCGCGGCCGCCUCCCGCCGCGGCUCCCCUGCGCCCGCCGCCCCGGGGAGGGCCUCCGCCUCCAAGGCGCCGCCCCGCCGCGCCAACGGCCCCCUGCCCCCCUCCUAG